UGGCACAUGCUCAUCCGCUAUAAUCAUGGCUGCCAACACUGGUAACAGCAGUCAGUCUCCAGUUGACAACCAGCCUCCAGCUGCUUCUAUUAAAGCGCUUGUCAUUGAAGUAGUGCAGGGAAGUGCAGAGGUUUCCGUGAUCAGUGACAAACAUGAUGGAGGACAGUUUACAGUCCGUAAAGACGAUACUUUGUGUGUUGACACUUCUUCAGCUCAGUAUAAGAUCACCACUGCCACUGGCUCACAAACUGUGUUUACACUGAAGAACAGUUAUUAAACUCUCUAUCCAAUUCAUUUGAUACCUUAGCCUGCAUGCUAUAUGCUUGUCAACGCUUAUAUGAUUGUGGCUCACAUUAUGCUCUAGGAGCCACGCCCACCUUCCUAGAUCUAAGCUCAAAAGGUCACAGGUCAGCUAAAUAAAAGGGGAGUUCAGAAUGUCAGAAGCUGCUGCUGCUGUGGAUAAAACGCUGUUUGCCUUUCUGAAUGGCCUGGCAAAGAGGCUGUACUUCAAGGAAUUGGAGUUCAGUGAUGAAUUUCUCAGGAAUGAUGUCCUAGGUGGAAUCAGUGAAGAAGAGUACCAGGUUAAACUGAAGAGGUUCUCUGGCUUACUGAAUGGGCUGGUGUCUUCCGACAUGGAUUUCACUCAAUUGGACGCCUACCUCUCCUCACAGAUGAGAAAGAAACAAGGAGCCCUCAGUGAAACUGAGGCUGCUACUAUCACAAGGUUUUGGAAGAGUCAAAAGUCAAAGAUCCACCAGAGACUGGUAGAGGACAAUAUGUGGGGUAGGAGACUGAAAGGAUCGUCAUGGAGGAUUGAUGUCAAGACCAAAGCCAGACACAUUGAGCAGCUUAAUGAGCCCACUGCCAUUAUGGAGUUACAACUGGGCAGCGAGGAGAGUGAGAAAGCUGAUGAAGUAUUAAGGUUUGAGGUGGACAGUAGCAAGCUUUCUGAGCUGUUAGCUCAAGUGUCGGACAUUGAGAAAGCAUUAGAGACUCAUUCACAUGUCAGCUAGUUUACCAUUGUUUGAGUGUCAUAGAGGUGUAUUAUAAUUAUAUGUAUUUUAGUUGUGUUAUCUGUGUUCGUCAAUGCGUGUGACCGGAUUUGCAAUUUUUGUGAAGUA